UGAGGCAGGCUGAAGGUAUAAAGGGAGGGAUUAUGAGGUGACAUUCUAGAAGGGUGGAGAGGGUAGGAUAGGAGGCAUGUAACUAUUCCCUCAUAAACAGGGGCUUUGAGGCAGACAUGUUUUACUUCCUGUCUCCACAAACUCAUUUGGGUCUUCUGCCUUCUGGCCAAGGUGGGGCUGCUUCUCCGGGUUCCUCCCUUGGCCUCUAUAGUCCUGCAGAGCCAGUGGUGGUGGACUCUGGUGGACCAGGCCCGCUGAGCCAGAAAGCCAAGCAGGUGGUACCUGGUGCCCAGGCAGUCCCUGAAGCCAGACAUUGCCCUGGGGGUGCUAGCUGGGAGACACUGCCAAGGAAGGAGCACAGCCGAUACUGCCACAAACUCUGCUUCAUGAGGUGGCUGGAGACCGUGGGCUGGGAGGAUGGCUGCUCCAGAAGCAGAGCUCCUCAUCUGGGUGGCCCCAGCAGGCCUGGGCUAUCACAAGAGGUUCUGCCAGUGCCCUCUGAGGCAAGGGGGAAGGAGGCCAGCUCCCAGCCUGACAUCUGCAUCCUGACCCUGGCCAUGAUGAUCGCUGGCAUCCCCACCGUGCCUGUCCCGGGCCUGCGGGAAGAAGACUUAAUCCGGGCAGCUCAAGCUUUCAUGUUGGCCCAUCGGGAGCCAGAGAGAGCUGUGGAGGGGCCGCAGUGGGUGCGGGCACAGCCCACACAGCCUCUAGGGAGACUCUCCUAGUGAGAUCUAGGAGGGGCCAGCCGCCUGGCUCCUGCCUGUAGCUGGAUGAAAUAGCACCAGACACACA